CCCUUUGACUUUCACGGUCUGUUGCAGAGUCUGAGCCAGAUCUUGGAGGUAGCCUAUGAUUUUGAGGUCCCUCUCCCCGUUGGGAAACUCAAGAGCAUCUGCUUUGCCCUGCACACCCAGGUGUGUGAUAUCGCACAGCUGCCGGGAUCAGAGAACCAGGUCAAGGUGUUCUACUGUUUCCGCCUGCUGGCCUGUCUCUCCCCAGACCAAUUUAUUUCCUUUGUGGGCUCCCGCCUCAAGACUGACAAAGAGGGAAGCUGCGUGGCAUCCCUCUCCAUCUUUAGUGGCAUCAUUGCUGCUGACUUGCCCGAGAUGAGCCAGAAAAAAUGUGCUGUAGUCAAGGCCAUGAGGUGCAUGCUUGGUGAUCAGAGCACUGAGGUGAAGAAGGCCGUCCUUCAUUUCGUCAGGACACUGCUCAGUGUGCAGGGCCUGGAUGACUGGGCCUGGGACUUAGUGGCCUAUAUUUUCAAGCAGUCCAGCUUGUCUAGGAGCCAAAUGAAGUCCAAAAACCGUUCCAGUCAGGAUGCCAAGGAGGAACAGAGCAUCCGAAUCACCUGUGUGGAGAUCCUGGAAAAUCUGGAUGUCUCAAUCAGUGGCAUGAGCCAAGUCUUAUGGCCCCGGCUGCUGGAGUACAUAGUGCCAGCUGAGUACAGCUGCACUCUGACCCCCCUGUGCCGCUGCCUCGGGGACCUGGCCGAGCAACCGCAGUGGGAGGGAGAAGAAGCAGCUUGCAUGGACCCCAGCAAAGGAGGUUUGAAAUCCAGAUCCCUGUGGUUUGAACCCGCUCCACCUGCCUCGUAGAAAAUCUUCGGUCUCUUCCAUGCACUAUGAGGAAGCCCAAAGGCGGGAGGGCCAGUUGGGUCAUUCCAAGCUGGGAGGGAGAGCCAGGCAAUGUGGGCUCCUCCAAGCCAGAGCUGCCCCAGAUUUAUGCUGUGCCACAGGGGAAUCCCAGGGCCUUUUUGCCUCAGCUUCCCCACUCAUCCAAUGAUGACUGAGCAGUGCCUGCCUCACAGAGGGGCUGGGAGUGAAGGCUGCUUGGUAAAGCUCCUUGAGAUCCAGACACAGAAGGUGCCAUGAAAGUGCCAGUUGUGCCCAGCUCCCCGAGCAGCCACGGGCAGGUGCAUUGGGAAUGGACAGGCUUGUAGCAGCAUCACCCCCCUAGUUCCAAAGUAGUCCCACAUGGCCAUGCUCUCUUUCUCUUUCCAGCCACAUUUCCUAUGGC